UCCGGCGUCGGCUCAGGCGAGUUGACUUUGGGGGUGUCUGGGGCCGUUUGUUCCCUCAGUCCGACUGGCUGGUUUGGGCCCAACUAAGCAAGAAGGGGCGGUGCGAGGAGGCGGAGGCUCGGCGACGCCGCCCGGGCGAUCCCGAUUCUGGGCCAGGGGACGGGAUGCCCGGGCCCGACCUGGUCCUCCGUUCCCCGCCCCGCUCAGUCCACCGAAUCCGAUGGCCGCUGCCAAGCUGAGGCUCCCGGCUCAGGGCCAUGUGACCUUUGAAGAUGUGGCUGUCUGCUUCUCCUGGGAGGAGUGGGAGCUUCUUGAUGAAGCUCAGAGACAUCUAUACCGCAGUGUGAUGCUGGAGAACUUCUCACUGAUGGCCUCUCUGGGACUUGCAUCUUCCAGGACUCGUGAAAUUACCCAGCUGGAGCAGUGGGGAGAGCCCUGUUUACCUGCCCAUGGAGUCAUUACUGCAGCCAUGCCAGGAGGUCGUUGGCAUGGAGCAGAGGUUGAGCAGAAUGUUAACAUAGGAGGAGUGCUCAGCAUAGACCUUCACCAACACCAGAAGCUGCACUGUAUAGAGCAAUCCUUAAGACAAGAGGGGGAGCAGAAUGAGAAGGACAUCCUGACUAGCUCUGGUCUUAACCAUCAGGUGACUCACAGUACAGGGGAACCACACAGGAACAUCAAAAGUUGCCCUAACAAAAGGCAUUAUAAGUGCAGUGAAUGUGGGAAAGCAUUUGGUCAGAAAUACUUACUUGUUCAGCACCAGAGACUACACACAGGAGAAAAGCCUUACAAAUGCAAUGAAUGUGGAAAACUAUUUAGCCACAAAUCCAACCUUUUUAUACACCAAAUAGUUCACACUGGUGAAAGGCCUUAUAGCUGCGGUGAAUGUGGGAAAUCCUUUAGCCGCAAUGCCGACCUCAUUCAACACCAGAGAGUCCAUACUGGGGAAAAGCCUUUUACAUGCAGCGAAUGUGGGAAAGCCUUCAGGCAUAAUUCCACACUUGUUCAGCAUCACAGAAUCCACACUGGAAUAAGGCCUUAUGAGUGCAGUGAAUGUGGAAAAUUCUUUAGCUUCAACUCAAGCCUCAUGAAACAUCAGAGAGUUCACACUGGAGAAAGACCUUAUAAGUGCACUGAAUGUGGGAAAUUCUAUAGCCACAAGUCAAGCCUUAUUAAUCAUUGGAGAAUUCACACUGGAGAAAGGCCUUAUGAGUGUAGGGAAUGUGGGAAAUUUUUCAGCCAAAGCUCUAGCCUCAUGCAACACCACAGAGUUCACACUGGAGAAAAGCCCUUUAAAUGCAAUGAAUGUGGAAGAUUCUUUAGUGAGAAUUCCAGCCUUGUUAAACACUACAGGGUUCACACUGGAGCAAGACCUUAUGAGUGCAGGGAAUGUGGGAAGUUUUUUCGCCACAGCUCCAGCUUGGUUAAACAUCGAAGGAUUCACACUGGAGAAAUGCCUUAUGAAUGCAGUGAAUGUGCAAAAUCAUUUAGCCAGCGUUUCAACCUCAUUCAACACCAGAAAGUUCACAGAGGAAAGAAUUCUUGAAUGCAACUAAUGUAGGAAAACCUUUAACUAAAAGUCUGCUCUGAUCCAAUCAUACGAACUUUACAAACCAGGUGGGCCAUAGGAACACAGUGAACAUGAAGAGAGGCUUCAGCCACAGGCUUAAUUAACCUUUUUCAACACCAGAAAGCUCAGAGUGGAGAAAGGCCUUAGGAGUGCAGGGCACAUGCUGCCCUUGGUCAGCCUAAGCUAACACAGAGAGAAGUUCUGAGAGUAGCCUUUAUCACUAAGCCAGCAAUUGAACAUCAUCUAGUUAUGCAUCCUGAGGGCAGGAUGAUAAAUUGCUGACAUCCUGACCCAUCUGAAAGAUAGCCCUUCUGCCCAGGAGUUCUGGAGAGGGGGAGCCCUGAGUUCUCGCCUGUAUCAGUCUGAAGUGGCCUUUUCAUUUCUCUGAGUUUGGAAGGGGCAAGAGGAAGUGACUUGGUUCAGAUAUGACUGCUUCCUGCUUAUUCUUAUUGAACAUUAGAUUUCCUUGAAUAAAUGUUUCUUCAUUUGCUCUACACCCUUAGAACUAUUUCCACAGUUUUAUUAAGCAGGUGAGAAGCAGGUCCACAAAACUCCUUACACUGCCAAGCUGGAAGUUGAUCCACAUUUAACUUCUUAAGAACUCACCAAAUUGUGUUCUAAAUGGUCAUGCCUUUUCACAUUUCCUCCUGGAGUAUAUUAGAUUUCAAGUUUCUUCACAUCCUGCUGACCUUUAUUUAUACGACAGAGGCCAUUCAUUUUAGCCAUUCUAAUAGGUGUGUAGUAGUAUUUCAUUGUUUUAAUUUGUAUUUUCCUAAUGACUAAAUGUUAAGCAUUUCCCUUGGGUUUAUUUGCCAUCCAUUUACCUUCUGUUCAUAUCUUUUGCCUAUGAUUAAAAUACUUGUUUGCAAUUUCUUAAUAUAUUCUGGAUACAAGUUCUUCAUUUGAUGUG